AAACCUUGCAAGCUUCCAGCCACCUCACCACCGUGCUGGCUCGAUAAUAUAAGCUGCUGGACGGUCUGGUAUUAAACAAUUGAUAGCGGCGCUUCCAGUGCCUUACCCUUCAUAUAAAGGUUAUAUCAUUGGCACAGGUUACUGUACAUAACUGAUCUCUACCCGCGUUCUAUACUUGUCAAUCGCAAGCCAUGCGGCUCACGACGAGACCGCUUGCGAUCGUAGCCAUCGUCGCAUUUUUGUCCUCAGCAGUAAUCCAAGCCCGGGCCGUCGACUUCCCCUAUUCCAGCAGCAGCAGCAGCAGCAGCUGCUCCCAGGGCCCCUCCGCCUACAGCCUGCUGCCCGCAGCCCGCUCGCUAGGCGGUGGCCAGUACUGCUUCACACUCAGCACGGACGCGCUCCCGAGCUGCAACACCUACUGCUGCCAGCGCUCCGGAGUGGCUAAGCUGCAGUUCAACAUCAACCCAGCCUGCAUGCUCGAUGACACAAGCUCAGCGCUCUCCGUCCGCGCCACUGUCUCCGGCGUGCCCGUCAAGUCCCAACCUUCCGCCGUCUUCGAAACCCUAACCCUGCCCUCCUCCUUCUCCUCCUCCUCCUCCUCACCCAGCCAAUCCUCCGCCGUACAAACCACACGUGCUGCCGUACUCACCAUCUCCGGACUCAACUUCAACCGAGGAGACCACGGCGCCCAGAUCUGCAUCACCCUCCUUCUACAGCAACAGCAGCCUAACGCCACCACCACCAGCAGCAGCCGGGGCGGGUGUACCUCCCUGCAGCAGCUCUGCGUGCCACCACCACCCGCAGCAGCAACAGCAACAGCAGCAGCAGCAGCAGCAGCAGCAGCAGCAGGCACCUCCGCCUUCGGCACUGCUACCGGGUGCUCGGUGGCGCUGCUGGACGGUCUGGGCGCCUGCUGCCCCGUCAGCAGCGUCACCUCCGUAGCUGAUGACAAUGAUGAUGAUGAUAACAAUGAUGAUGACAGUGAUGAUGAUGAUGGCGACAGUGAGGAUAGCUUCCCGCCACCGCCGCCAUCGUCACCACGCCUGCGUCCGCCGUCGCCUCGGCCUUCGUCGCCCCCUCCAUCGCUCCUGCCGCCAUCGCUUCGCCCGCCAUCACCAAGACCAUCGCCGCCUCCGCCGCCCCUGGCACCCUCGCUUAAACCGCCAUCGCGUAAGCCACCUUCGCCCCUGGCACCCUCGCUUAAACCGCCAUCGCGUUCACCCCUGGCACCCUCGCUUAAACCGCCAUCGCGUAAGCCACCUUCGCCCCUGGCACCCUCGCUUAAACCGCCGUCGCGUUCACCCCUGGCACCCUCGCUUAAGCCGCCCUCACGCACACCACCUUCGCCCAAGCAGCCCUGCUCCCACACCUCCCCGCCGCCGCCGCCAUCACCCCGCCAGCUCGCCUCCCCUCCACCCCCUAGCCCCUCUUCCCGGCCUCCUCCCAGCCCUCCUUCCCCGCCUCCUCCCAGCCCUCCUUCCCCG